GUUUUGAUUUUGAUGUUAUGAUGGAAGUUCAUUGAAAUCAAAGAUCCUCUUUGUUGAAAUGCACCAGGUUUUGAUUAUUCCAGAUUGAUGAUAAAACGAUAACAAUAAUAACAAUGUCAGAAGGUACAGACACCGAAGUGGGUGUGACGGAUUCUCCCUUACGAGGUCCAACAUUAUCCACUUCAACGUCUAGUUUUGAAGCUCUAGAUCCGCAUGAUCCGAAUCUUAGCCGACUCGCCACCACAAUGUUCAAUAAAAGCGCUGAAUAUUUAUAUGGUGAACUAACAGCAAGUCUUGAUGACUAUCGUUUAAUUGAAGAAAUGAACCAAGCAACUACAGCAAAGUAUAAUGAUAUGAAGCAUAUAGCUAUAAAUGUAUCAAAAAGCUUAAUUGAAUUGAAUGCAAAAUAUGAAUCCCUUAUUCCUCUCCUUGAACAGAUAGAUCAAUUAGAAGAUAAUGUAACCAAAUUGGAGCAAGCAGCAUAUAAGCUUGAUGCUUAUUCCAAAAGACUGGAGGCAAAGUUCAAAGCAUUGGAAAAGCGUUAACAUUUAUUUAGAUAAUUUAAGAUUGUGAAAUAUAUUUGUUAUUAGUCAGAAA